AUGAAUGUUCAUGCUUCUCCCGGUGCUCCCCUCGAAGGAAUUUGUGAGCCUGCUCGUAUAUGCGGAGCUGUUUCCUGGGACAUGUCUCCAGAGCUGCAAAAUCAGCUCCUCAACGAGGAUGACUCUAAUCUUGCAGAGGAGCCGAACAGCCUUACGAGCUUGCAACUCGACCUUCUCCAAAAGGAGGAGGAUACCGCGAUGUUGCAGCAUUUCUUGGAUGAGGAACAAACGACAUGUGCUCUGCUACGACGUCAACUAGCCGACCUACGGGAUGAAAACGAGCGCCAGCGCAAGGAGUGCAACAUGACGGCUGAGCUGUACACGAACACAGAGAUGCGCAUGCUGGAGUCGCGCGUCGCACACACGUUACUCCAAGUUGAUACCAAACUGAGGGCUCUGAUGGCCGAGGCGAUCGCUGUCACCUGCGUGAUUGCUCGGAAGUGGAGAAGCGACGACCUCCAAGCCGUGUUCGAAAAGAAGUCGCUCAGUCAUCUCCAGCUGGCGCGCCUCUCGUUGAUGCAGUGUGCUGAUGCAGUGGAACACGCAGUGUGUUGCCACGGCAGCGACGGCGCCGAAAACGCAAAAGCCGGUGCCAGAGUACCUCGUGGCGGAGCACCAGCGCAGCGCAUGCCAGGCGACGAAGGCCGCCCGCCUGCUCAACCACAGAGUGAAGAGCACCGCACCUGGAUGUUUGUUUCCGAGGAAAAGCAAACUCACGAUGGCGAGACGAACGACGUUCAAUGCAUUCCUACACAUAAGGAAACUAACGCACUUGCCUUCGAAGAAUGCACCCCAAUGCCGAGUCUUAUGACUAAAAGCUCUUCCACGCCACCAGCCGUACCGACCACGACUGUGGCAAAUGCCAUGGGCGUUCCCCGCAGGAAGGCUCAAACUCUUCUAGUGGGUAAGAAUCUCCUUCAACGCGGGAACGAUCCGCGUGCUGCUCGACCGAUAUUGCGCCGUGCCAACUCGGACAGUUCGCCUGCUACGCCACAUCAGCAGAUGCCAGGGUGGCGCUCAGCUCGUUCCACUGUGUGCCAGUGUGUUGCCAGAGAUAUGGAAGCUGUCGGCAGCGGAGCAGCCUCUUUCAUUUCAGCCUUGCGUGUGGUUGAGGGGACCAUCGCUUUCAACAGCAGACACAGCUGCAGCGGGAGCGUCAACGAUGCAAAAACGAAACACGCACACAUGCCAACCCAUUCGUCCUUUAGCUCUGGGGGCAGUAAUGGAACCAGAGCAGUUCCAGCGAAGGGUCGCCUAGCAUCGCUGCGUACACAGGAAUCCAUCCUGAAGGAAUCAAUGAUAAACAUCCACAAGCUCCACACAGUUCAGGCGGCAACGUCCAGUAACCGAACAGCAUGCAGUGCCAGCGGAGAUGAGCCAGGGUUCGCGAGGAAGAAUAGUCAUGCUCCCGUUUCCUUCCAAGCAAGCAACAGAUGCAGGGGCCCAGGGGGGGGGGCUUCAUCGAAGAGGGAGACCACCACUCCGGCGGAGAUACCCCUUGUUCUCCGCAACGAAGCUGGUCAUUGCGAACAGGCGAACAUACCGGGCAAGGACGGUGUGACAUCAAUGGCUUCGACGCAGGACACUGGCACCGUACCAGGAUUCGCUACCGGUUGCGUAAGCACGAGUUUAACGCCGGCGUUCCCCUCACCGGACGAGAACAGCACGGACCGUAUCAGUCGUGAGCGGGCUUUCUGUUCUCCGGCAACUCCUCAGUGCUGCAGUAAUCCAGACGACACGCCGGCGCGCGCAAGGCGACCCGACCGCGGUCUUUUUUCUGAACAAGCAACGAAGGCAGCUGAAGAGAAUCCAGAUCCUCAAGUCCAACUCACACCUUUGCCUACCCCACAGCAAUCUCAGCAAGGAGCAGCUAGCGUCUCAGAUCAGGGAUUUAAAACCAAGCCUGCGGCACCGGAAGCCAACAGGGAAAGUGGUAACGCCAGCAGUGCCCCUGAUAUUGGGGCUGCAUACACGCCACGCGCCGCGGGUCGUACAGCGUGUGUUGCCUUAGCCACCAGAGCCGUGCGCACAGCGGCCAUGCUCUGUAACGGCGUUUCUCUGACUCCCUCCGCUACCGGUAACCGGCGCGCGCUGACUCACUCGCGCAGUUCACCUCCCGAAGCGACCGCUGGCCAAAGUGAAGACUCAAUAGGUAGCUGUCAGCGGCAUCUGGCAAACCCGGGGCCCCAGCAAGUGUCUCCUCCUACAGUCAUGCCAACCAUCCAAGCGCAGCUCAGCACACGGAGCCGGCAGACCCCCGGACAGCAUGGAGCACACUCUGGGUCGUCUCCGGCUGCGGUGUCCUGUCCGUUGCCGAAUAUUGGGUGUUUGGCUCAUGAGGAAUCAGAGAAAGCGGAGACAGCUGCAUUGUUGCGCGGUGACUGGCCGCAGCACGACCUCGAGGACAAGUGCAGUGCAAGCCCCGAGACUCACACGACUGUCGCCCCCAGCGUUUCAACCAUUGGCAGUCACCCGAGGGAGCCUCAGCCCGCAAUCGUGAACUCGCUGGCAAGUGCCGCUUUAUCGUUCGCCAGUAUAGACGCACUUUUCCUCAGUCCCAGUGGGUCAUCGACUGAUGUCUCAAUCGACGAAUUGGAGCAUUCGAGUCCCCUGCCUCGUGUAGACAUGCCCCCGUCGAACACGUUUGAACCCCCAUUCCCCAACGGAUUGUCGCCCUGGCAUGCCAGACAAUGCCCUAACUCCGCGUUGUGGGCAACACCUUCACUCUGCAUCGUCCCUGGGUCUUUCGCUGUUUCUUCAAACAAUCCUCUUCCACCCAGUCCGAGCGGUGACCACGAUCCUGCGCGCUCCCAAACCAGUGACGCAAACUCCGCGGAAGCUCUCCAAGCUUCACUGCGGCCUCCCAGCCCAAGUGAGAUGCGCCCCCGUGAGACUGCUGUAGCAGCGACAGACUCCGCCAACGCCAGAGUCAUUGACACCGUAACACGUGAAGCUGGUACACUACGGGAACCCGUCCGGACACGGACACGCUAUCUUGACGCUGCAGACGCAGCAGUCGAAUCCAUCAACGGCCGACUCAUCAGCACCGUAGAAAGUGAAGAGUGUACACUACGGCCGCCUGACCCAACAAAGAGCCGCCCCGAUGGGGCUACUUGUAUAUCUGAAGACUUCGCCACACCCAUCGUGCAGAGAAACGGAUACCCUGAUGCAUGCCCACCCCGUCACGGGGAACAGAACGGGCUGCAAUCCUCCACUACAGUACGUGGAUCCGCUAAUACACUGGAAGUAGAACCCUUUCACUGCGCCCCCACCCAACCGCUUCGCGCCUCCCACCUCGCCGCGCAAGCCAAGCAUCAACUUUUCCCGCCCAAUAAUAGCGCCUCCGCGCCUGCUAAGGAGGUGGACCCCGGCGCACUUGAUCCGCACCAACAGCCCCACACCCCGCCUGCCCGCCGCCACUGUGAAGGCCAACUCACCCCGUCCGAGAACCUGUCUACGCUCCGAGCCUCCCGUCUCCUGUCACACCCCGCGCCGCUCCCUCCUCCCGUCAAUACCCGCCGCCCUUCGCCGCCUGCGGAGAGGGUCGGAGACGAGCUGACCCACGAGCUGACGCCGCCGCAUCAGGAGCGCGCCCCAACGCUCGACUUGGUCUACUGGGACAUGCCACCCCUGCCACUCAGCUCCACGCCGCCGCCAACGUGGUGUCUGAGUAGCAACGGGGGACCAGCCACCAAUGAGAGUGCUUCGUUUCUAGGCUCCACAGGCGUAGAAGACAGUGACAGCUCCGCCCCCGACACUGCAUGCCACAGUACCCCCUCGCCUGCCUAUCUUCCGAAUAACUUCGGAUACACCCCGCCUGACCGAGCCGGCCCUGAAGACGAACUCAGCCAGCCGAACCCAUCUACACUGCGCGCCAAUUACGACCUCUCAUACCCCGCGUCUCUCGCGCCUCCAGUCAAUACCCGCCGCCCUUCGGCGGCUGCGGAGAGGGUCGGAGACGAGCUAACCCACGAGCUGACGCCGCCGCAUCAGGAGCGCGCCCCAACGCCCGACUUGGUCUACUGGGAAAUGCCCCCUCUCUCGCUCAGCAUCACGACGCUGCCAGCAUGGUUCCCGGCAAGCAGCGCGCGGCCAUCCACAAACGACGCAGCGGCAUGUCUCGACUCCGCCGACUUCCUCGGCAGUGACAGCAACGCUGUCCCCGGCAGCGCGUGCCACAGCACCCCCUCGGCGCCCGAGAAUCCGAACAACUUCAAACCCGCCCCACCUGACCGCGCCGGCCCUGAAGACGAACUCAGCCACCAUAACACGCCGACACUCCGCGCCACAGACCUGCUCUCGCGCGCCACGCCGCUCCCUCCUCCGUCGCACUCUCGCCUCUUUACCAUAUCCGAGGAGGACCUCACUGACCAGCUGACGCCGUCGCAACAGCAACGGACCACCCCGCCUCACGACUUGGUCUACUGGGAAAUGCCACCGCUCCCACUCAGCACCACGCCGCCGCCAACCUGGUGUCUGAGUAGCAGCGGGGGACUGCCCACCAACCAGGGUUUGGCUCAUUACGACUCCUCGGGCACAGUCGACAGUGUCAACCACACCGCCCCAGACGACGCGCACCACACCCGCAAUUCGGCCCCCGGCCUUGCGAACAACUCUGGACUCGCCGCGCCUUCGUGCCGCCAGUCUGUGGACGAAGUAACCCAGCCGAUCCUGUCUACGCUCCGAGACUCCCACCUCCUGUCACACCCCGCGCCGCUCCCUCCUGCCGUCAAUACCCGCCGCCCUUCGCCGGCUGCGCAGAGGGUCACAGACGAGCUGACCCCGCCGCAACAGCAACGGACCACCCCGCCUCACGACUUGGUCUACUGGGAAAUGCCACCGCUCCCACUCAGCACCACGCCGCCGCCAACGUGGUGUCUGAGUAGCAGCGGGUGGUCAUCCACAAAUGUCGGAGGUUCAUCUGUCGACUUCGCCGGCAUCCUCGGCAGUGACAUCCACGCAGCCCCCCGCUCGCCCCGCCUCGGCACUGUCUCCUCGGUCGACGCGGCGAGUGAGCCAGAGCCCUGCACGCAGGCGUCGCUUCCGACGCAUUAUGCAUUUCCAGGCAUGCCCAACGGGGCUCUGGCGAUACAGCGGGCGUCGACGGUUUGGUCGCCCGUUCAGCAGCUGCCCCAGAACUGCAUGAGCCUUCCUCCACUUCUCACAGAUCCGAGCCCCCCCCCUUCGUGGCAGCUCGCAGCCACUCAGCAGUUUCAGCGCCGCCCCGGUAUUCCAAUGGACUCGUCUCAAGACGUGAUCCUCGACUCUCGCGUGUUUAUUGGCAUUCCUGCGCCGACGGUCUAUUUGUCAGCAUCUGCUGCGCCACAUCCCGUGACGUCACGGGGACCACAAGGGGUUGAGCAGUAUAUUUUGUUCCACCGAGGCUGUGCCCCAGGGUAA